AUGACAAAGCUCUACCGCUGGGAAGACGAAAAGUUUUUCUCUGCGAAAAACAGCUACGACGACUUUGACAGGCUAAACAUGCCAUGGGAUCAUGGCCAUGAAGCGGUUGGACCAAACUGCCUCUACGCCUGCGGAAAGAUUGCGUGGAUGCCAGAAAUGCGUCUCAUUAUUCUUGACGACCUCGCAAACAGGAGCCGCAUGAUCUACAGCGUUCCUCUGAUUGUACCCAUGGGGACGGAUACAGACCUUUCGGCCCUAGGAGACAAACUGCUUGUCGUCAUUAGUGACAGAACUUUACUUGCAUGGGAAUACACCUCUGGCCGGUUCUCUUCCGUUACUUUACCUGGAGAAGUCACCCGAUGCAGCACUGAAGGGCUGCGGGUAGCCGUCGUCACCCAAGCCGAGAAUGACAGCAAGGAACUUAUCGUCUGGUACUUCCAGGGCGACCUCCAGCGGCUCGAAUACGCAAGCCUGCUCAAUGAUGUUACAAAGGAAGAUAAAGAUGCGAAGGAUCACUUCGUCAACAACCUCGACAUCAUACUACACACCCAUCAGGACGAUGUGGCGUUCGUAGUCACUGCAUAUCCCGACAUUCGCUCUGUCAAGCCCGGACAGCCCGGCCAUACUAACCUUCGUGGCAAGGAAAUUAUGAGAGCGACGACAGUGUUCCUAUAUGGAACAAGAGCGAGGUAG